AUGUACCAAGGAAGCUUGGUGCUCAUUGGUGUAUGCAGGCUGUGGCAGAUCCAGGUACACGCUUGGCGUGACGACAUUCAGCGCACAAUGGCAAGUCUUCGCGACAAGCCCAAGCGGUCACACGACCUGUGCCACAAUGUGCUGCCCACGGCCUUUACCCUGCCGGACACGGAGACGACCGACUCGAUCAUGUACGAGCCAUGUCCAGCCCUAAAACGCCAUACACAGACAACAGUGCCGUGGGUCCACGAUGUAUGGAGCGAGGCACCCGAUGUGCCCUGGCAAACGUCCCCCCAAGAGCCACUGGCACCGCUAGAUCUGGGGCUGACCGACAUCGCCUUUCCCAUCUCUCCCAAGGACUCGUCUUUCACUGAGCUGCCACACAGGCACAUUAUUGCAUCCACAUCCACGCCGCUCCCGACCGUGAUGCGCACAGGGCCAGCCCCUAAUCGUGCGGCACCAAAACGCAAAUGCCUCUCGGACCAGAAGGUGGGCUUUGACGAGGAGGAGUGGGAGCGUCGAUGCGAAGCAGCACGAAGGUCCCCAUGCACACGUCAGUGGUACUCGGCAUGGGAUAGGGCAUGGCCCAAGUGCACAAUCAAGCGUUUGUGUUUGUGCACGAGCCACGCCUUGGAAACACUGUGGGACACCACGGUCGGGACACAUCUCCGCGUCCUCGAGCAGCAUUACCAAAAUGAACGCAACGUGUGCCGGAAUCAAUGGGCACAGCAACAAUGGGAGGCAGAUGUGCCAGCCAUCGAGGACGAAUAUACCCAGGAGGUUGGCCGUGGUGAAACGGUCGUGGACGACGUCUUCCCAUGGACGAAUAUGAGCGAAUGGCGUUGGGAUGUACCUGAGGACGAUCUCGGGCACGAUGAUAGCAUAUCGAGCGCCAACACUUCGAUUGUUCAACACGCUGCACGAUGGAUCUCCCCCAACGUGUCAUCAGAUUCGUUAGAACGACCGCGACUAUCGCGGGCGCACGAUGCCUCUCUCAUGACCCCACUCCUCACAGGUAACGAGGUGUCCACGGCAUCCAUGGACGCAGACACGCAUGAUUUUUACAUGUACAUGCAAGUCGUGCGCCAAAGCGUACCUGAACGCGCCUACAUCCCCUUCCCUGAACUGAUACCCCCCAAUCACGUCGGACCCCAUGUACCUGUCCACGCAUGUAUGUACGCUUCACUUACGCAGUCUGGCACACGUUGGUUUUGGCAUCGUCGGGCGCUUGUCGUCUCGUCCAACAGCAGCCGUAUGCAGAAAUUCACGUUUACAUGUAACAAAAAGUUGGCAAGGACGGGGUUCGAACCCGCGAAUGGCGGAUGGCUUAUGUGGGUGAAAAAUCACCCGGCUUAA